CUUAUUUACUUCUUUGCGACGACCCCUCCAUCCGCCACUUUACCACGCGAACAGUAUAUUGAGAAGCAGCCAAUUAAAGUUUAUUUUAUUCGAGGAAUCAUGCCGCCGAAGCGAAAAGCCGUCUCCAACAUAUCAGGACUGGUAGACUCCGAUAGCGACAACGCCGUCGCGUCGCAACCAGAGACCGUCGAAGAGCGUCCUGCGAAGAAAGCAAGAGGCCGGCCAAAAUCGUCAGGAGCUAAGAUUGAGGAACAGAGCGCAGCUACCAGGCAUCGUCGCUCCUCAUCCGCCGGAAUUGGCAAGCCCGACGCCGUUGCAAAGAAGACCUCAGGCCGCGGCCGACCGCGUGGCGCCACAAUUGAGCAAGAGGAAGCUGUGGAACCUGCAGCCCAGCAAAGUCAAUUUCUUGCAGAUGUAUUAUCGGAUGCCGUUGAUCAGCCGGCCGACGCAUCUGAAGCGCGACCAGGAAGGGCGAAAAGAGGUCGAGGUCGGAAGACAGGGAGUAUGGCGAAACAGGUCACGGAAGACGGGGAAUUCGAGUAUACACCAACAGGAUCCCGACAAUUGAAGACUAUUUCAUCUUCAAAUAUUCAAAAACGUGUUGGGCUAUCUGUUCUUGAACAAAUAGCAGAAAUCAUUCCAGACAGCCAGGCUCCUGCGGCCGCAGAGGACCAAGAGCUGCUCGAUGGGGAAGUCCUCGAGACAACCAUGACCACAAUAUCCCCAGCGAAAAAUCUAACCAAUGGCCAACAAGAUCGCGGUCGAAAACGUCCAACGGUGACGUUUGCAGAUACGGAGAAGACCUCAUCAGAUCCUGAUUUGAGGCGAAGAUUAGGCGAUAUGACAAAGAAAUAUGAGACGUUAGAAUCAAAGUAUCGUACUCUGCGAGACAUCGGCGUUGUAGAAGCCAACAGCAACGUGGAAAAGAUUAAGAAGCAAUGUGAAACUGUCACAAACGCCUCGAAUAAACUUAUAGCAUCAUUAAAGGAAGAGCUCGCUGCCCAAAAAGCUCUCGGCAAGGAAUCUAGCGAUCUUCACAAGCAACUGCGUGAUCGUGAAAAAGAAUCAAAUAAACUUCAAUCCCAAGUCCAUGAUCUUUCCGCGCAGCUUUCAACAGCGCAGACGGAAAUCAAAACAUUGCAGACUAGGCUCGCUGCGGCCCGGAACAAUGUUGCCAGUGCUAAAACACUGAACGUCGAAGCGCCUGGAAGUGCAGUUAAAAACACCUCUGUUCGCCGUGCCGCGGGAGCUACUAAUACCGAGGCACUGCAGGUUGCGCAACUAGCACAACUCAAGGAGGACCUAUACGGUGAUUUGACCGGGCUUAUCAUUCGAAGUGUCAAAGAGAACGAAGCAGAUCAUAUGUAUGACUGUAUUCAAACAGGUGUCAACGGAACUCUUCAAUUCAAACUUGCUGUUGCUCAUGAGAGGGGAAACAAAACCACAGCCAGCCUCGACACAGCCGAGUUCCAAUACAUGCCACAAUUAGACCCUACUCGUGACGCAGCCCUAAUCAGCCUACUACCCGAAUAUCUCACAGUUGAUAUCACAUUCUCACGACAAAACGCCUCGAAAUUCUACACGAGAGUAAUGGACUCGUUGACAAAACGUCGAAUUGAUCCUGAAGAAUAAUACCAUUGAUCGAGAUAUCCGUGCUUGGCGUUUUGCUUUGGGCGUGCGAGCCCCUUUAUAUAUUCUUUCAACUAUUUUUCUCUUUAUACGGUUGGAUAUUGAUUUGGGUUUUGAAUGGUAUUCAUUUGGAUACUGGACAGCGGUUUCAUAAUAGGCGUUCACAUUAAUUGAUGUAUACAUGUAUAUAUCAUUUGACGUAUAUAUGCAUGCACACACACGUCACUAUUCGUUAAUCUCUUUUUAUAAGAUACAUCAAUUGAUAUGUAUGAGGUUACAUUCCUCAGUUUCUUAACUAGGCGUCCAUAAAGCACCCUUAGCAGCAUCUACAACUUAGGCCGGCAUCGAUGCGGUGGAUUCAACCAAUUGAUGAC